CUUCAAUUAAUAAAAGCUCAUCGAAACACACAUUUGACUUUAAUGUCAUGAAGGUGCUUAAUUCAAUUCAAUCUUUAUUUCAGACUCAUGGUCCAUAUCACAUACAAAAUGACAAAAUACACAACAAUAAAUAAGAUUAAAAAGCCAAACAAAAUGAAAAACAUGAAAUCAGUCCAAUGACAGCUCGCCACACAUGCUCACUGUCUGUAGAGGCUGUUGCGCUAAUGUCUCCAAAUCAUGGAAGAGAACCGAGUAUAACUCUUCACAGGUUUAACUAAAAUCGAGAUAACAUGAUUGUCAGUCUGCUAGGCGACACAUGAAUUUGUACAUUACUUUUCUUAAAAGGGCUUGACAGGUCGGUACCCCCAAGUUAACAAACAGCUGGCUGCCACUGCCAUCUUGGUACCCUCAGCAGCAACCGUAAAGCAUCAUUGUAUGCAACUUUUAGUUUGUGUAUCCUUCUAGCCUUGUAGUUACUCCACAGGUGAGCCGUGUACAAUGGUGUACAGAAAGCUUUAAAAAGUGAUACCUUGACAUCUACAGAGCACUUUGUAGAUGAAUAUGUUUGCCUGGGCAUACCGUUUGCAGCGUUGUCUAUGGAUGUCUUUGUCAUCUGUGAGACCAUCAGAGAUAUAAUGACCAAGGUACUUAAUCUCACUGCACACAAGAAGAAUGUUGCUACUGAGAAUACAAUUAGGAAAACCUUUUUAUCCUCUUCGCACAAUCCUGAUGCUACUCUUCUUGGCGUUAUACUUAAUAUUAAAAUCAAUGACAUACUGGGAACAAAUCCUCAGAAGCUGCUGUAAGCCUGCACUGCACGGGGAAAAGAUGAUUAAAUCAUCUGUGUACACAAGGUGGUUGACAACAGUAACACCGAUGACACAGACAGUUUUACACAAGUUCAGUUUCCUACACAGAUCAUCCAUGUACAGAUUAAACAACAAAGGAGAUCAAAUCCCACCUUGCUUGACCCCAUUACCAACAUAAACAUUUUCAGACACAGUAUUGCCCCACUUCACCUGCAUAGUCCGAUGUGCAUACCAGAAGGCUAAGAUCCUUAUUAUGUAGUUGAAACAUGGUGGAAUUUUGGCUUCUAUAUUUUGCUAUAAUGUCUUUUAAAGCAAAAAUACACACAUCAUGCCGUGUUUUCUGUUAAAACCAAACUGGUUGUCAGCUGUGGUAAUAUACCUUUCCAGCCUAUCCAACAGAAUUCUCUCCAGCAUUUGGAGAGAAUGCUAGCUAAAGCAAUAGGUGUCAGGUUUGGGGGAAAUAGGACCCAAGUGCAUUUUAAAGGACUAAAAAGGGUAAGGUAACACAAAGCAAUGGGUCUGUAAUUAUCAAUGCCAUUAAUCUUCCCAGCUUUCUCCUUGAUGACUGGCACAAGUAGCACAGAUAACAUGGAAACUGGUAAGACACCAUGAUUAAGGAAACCAGUAAGACACAGAGCAACAAGAGGAGCAAGCUUAAGACUGGCAUAUUUGAAGUGUUCGGCUGAGAUGAGAUCCGGGCCACAAGCUUUGUUAUUUUCUAGAUUCAUUAUAGUGUUGAAGACUUCCUCUGAUCUAACUGUCACCUUUUCAGUGGAGUCAACCUUUUCAACCACAAAUGCAUCACUCUUAACACAGUUGAACAACUCAUGAUAGUGUUGUCGCCACAGUUCUGCGAUGCUGCCUGACCCACACACUCCUUCAAUGGAAGACGGUGAAGGAGUCUUACAGCUGUUUAUGACUUUGACCUCUUUCCAGAAAUCAUAGCAACUGUUGUUGCGCAGCUUUCUGGCAAGUGAGUCAGCCCUCAUUGUGUCCUCAUUUUUUUUAAUGAAUACUUAUUUUUGGCAUUACUGGCCUGUUUAUGUUCAAUGCUUAAUCUUAAAAUAGUGUUAAAUAUGUGAAAUGUACAUUUCCAACAAUCUUCCUUGCCUGUCAGUGUUUAAGAUUGAACACCGGUCAGAUGAUCACAAAGAGGAAACAAAUGGGUUAAAAACAUGUUUGAGUCAGAACUUGAAAGUUCCGAAGUUCAUCUUUCCGAUAUAUCUGCUGGUAAUAAAAACAGAUGACUGCAUUUAUAACUAUCAAUGAUUAACUAGUGAAAGAGAUUAGAGGAUUGAAAGCUCAUUCUGACAUUGUUGAAGAGAGCCUCGACACCAGUACACUGCGGGAGGUCUCAUCGACAUUUAGAGGCAAACCGAGGGGAAGAAAAAGUUGGUGAGUGAUAAUUUUGAAACACCAAAGGAUAGCUGCUCUUUUUCCUGAGCUGCCAUGUGUGUUCAGAGACUUUCAGAGAUCCUGUGUCUCUGAGCUGCAACCACAGCUUCUGUUCGAGCUGCCGGCAGAAACUCUGGGAACAAAAUACCUGGACAAAGUCCUCGUCCUGAACUGAAUACCAAAGUUCAUUUCCCUCUGAAAGACAUCCUGACUCCAUCUGCUGGUGAAUACAUGACAUAGCAGCAUUUCCUGCUGUUGAUCAAUCAUCCUGUGACAGAGGGCAGAGAAAAACAAAGAGGAUUUUGACAUUGUUGAAAAGAGCGGGGACGCCAUUACAGGGUGUGAGAUCUCUGCUGGGAGACACGUUUGGAGGAUCUGAAACACUCAAGAGAAAGGACAUACCUUAGUGAGUUUUGCUUUUAAAAGACAACAGUGACCGAGACAAAUGGCUGAGAAAAUUCUUCUUGAAAGUUUCCUGAGCUGCCAUGUGUGUUCAGAGACUUUCAGAGAUCCUGUGUCUCUGAGCUGCAGCCACAGCUUCUGUUCGAGCUGCCUGCAGACAUUCUGGGAACAAAGUAAGAACAAAAACUGUCCCAUUUGUAAAAGAAAGUCCUCAAAAGAAAAACUUUGGGUGAACUUUACACUAAAGGAGCUGGCUGACUCCUUUGCUGAGAGACAGGAAGCUGGAUCAUCUGAGACAGAAAAAGGAGAGAAGAAGGUGGAGGUGGUGUGUAGUAAACAUCAAGAAGAGCCUACAUUGUUCUGUAAGGAUGAAGAGAGAGCUGUGUGUCCUGUCUGUGACUUUUCUCUCCACCAGAGUCACAAGGUAGUUCCUGUAGAACAAGCAGUCAGUGAGCUGAAGGACCUGCUGAAAUCUGACUUAGAGUCUCUGCAGGACAAGAGGGACACAUACAAAGGAGUGGAGACAACAUACAAUGAAGUGAUUCAAGUGUCCAAGAAGCAGCUGCUGUCCACAGAGAGGCAGAUCAGAGCAGAGUUCAUCAAGCUCCAUCAGUUCCUGAAAGAGGAAGAGGAGACCAGACUGGCAGCUCUGAGGGAGGAAGAGGAGCAGAAGGGGAAGACUAUCAGCAGAGAGAUGAAGAGCAUUCAGGAGCACAUCUCCUCUCUGUCACACAGUAUCUCUGCUGUUGAAGAAGAGCUGCAGAAACACAACGGGCCCUUCCUCAGCAGUUAUAAAGCCACUCAGAGCAGAGCCAGAGUCCAGAGCUCACUGUCAGACCCACAGCUGCUCCCAGGAGCGCUGAUAGAUGUGGCCAAACACCUGGGCAACCUGUCCUUCAGAGUCUGGGAGAAGAUGAAGGACCAGGUCCACUUCAGUCCUGUCAUUCUGGACCCAAACACUGCAAGCAGCUGGCUCUCUCUGUCUGACGAUCUGACCAGUGUGAGACGUGGAGACAAAGAUCAGCAGCUUCCUGGUAAUCCAGAGAGAUACACUCACUAUGCUAGUGUUCUGGGCUCUGAGGGCUUCAGCUCAGGGAGACACAGCUGGGAGGUGGAGGUGGGAGAUUAUCCUGACUGGUAUAUAGGUUUGACUAAAGAGUCAGUUGACAGGAAGGGUGAGGUAUUUGCCUCACCAAAAUUUGGAAUCUGGUGUUUAGCACAUCGCAGUGGAAAAUACACUACUGGUGCUGGUAGGACUCUCAGAGUGAAGAAGAAUCUCCAGAGGAUCAGAGUCCAGCUGGACUAUGGGGAGGUGUCCUUCUACGACCCUGAAGGCAUGACUCACAUCUACACUUACGGAGACACUUUCACUGAGGAACUCUUCCCAUAUUUCAGUAUUGGAACAGCUGGUGAUGCUAAAACUGCUGAUAUCAAAAUCUGUCAAACUAAGAUUCCUCUGUGAUGCUCAGGAGUGUUUGUUCAGACUUUAUUCUGACUUCACUGUCCGUCUAGAUCUCUUUGAAAUAAUCAAGAUAAGAAACAGAUGAUCAUCAGAUCAUAAUUUUAGCCUGUAAGAUUUCUAAAUGUUCUGAAAAUGUGAUCAUGUUUUAUUUACAGCUUUCCCAAAGUCCCAGUGUAAAAAAAACAUUGUUUUUAGUUAUAGUUAAUAUUUGGUAAUAGUUGUUCAUAGGCUGUGUGUCGUGUUCAUGUAACUCACUGACAUUUUCUUUUUUUUAUCUUAAUCUGAAAAUAAUUGUUGACACAUGGAAGAGGAAUGUUUACAUUUUUUAACCAACAUCUUUAAAUCAAUUAACAGAUCUUCUGUUUUCCUUUAAUAGAGAGGCGAAGUCCCGCUCAUCUACUUCCGACCCAUGGGACCUUAUUUCGGAAAAAGUAUGUAUUGAAGUCAAUGGGGAGAGAAAGAUUAUGUUUCGAUCCCGUUUGAAUUGUGCCAAG